UCGUUUUCCAUUACAGAAAUGUAGGCCAAAAGAAUAACAGCGGAUAAUACUAUAAGAUCUAAGCACAAUGCUCACUGAGGAAUAGGAAAUUCCUUUUUUUUUAUUUUAAAGUGAUUGUUUUAAAAACAAACACAAAUCAAAUGGCAGACCAGGAUCAUUUUGAGCAAGAAGGUAAACGUCCGCCGAAUGAAUCAAAAAGAAAAGAACGUCGACAGAAGACUACUAUGGGGAGUAAUGCACAAUGUUUAACAUCAUCAGGGUUCAAAUCUCAGUCUUUAAACACACCAGAUCAAACAAGUGGUAGACCGACAAAGAAAGAAUCUAUUGGAAAAAAGCCAAAGAAUCAGAGUCAAGAAUCAACUGAUUCCCCUAAACCACCACCAGAAGCAACGCAUGAUAAAAGGUUUAGCCAACAUCCGAGCACUGACUUUGGUGGCUCAUUAAGAACCCCUUCUUUAAGGGAAAACUCGGGCAGUUCCAAAGAGUUGUCGUCAACAUAUCAUACUGGGUCAGAUUCUGCCAAAUCAAACUCUUUCGCCGCUUCUUCAAGGACCAAUAGCAAUUCAGAACGACCGGGAGUUCACACUCUUGCGCGGCAGUCGAGUAAAUCUGCAUUAAAUUGCAAAUCGCAAUCGGCUACCACAGAGACUGAUUUGGGGAGUAAAAUGAUAGUAGGCAACAAUGCGGAUGUUUCGAGAAAUGCCAACGCCGUCUCAAUGACUGACACAUGUGCAGCGCCUGUCUGCGCAAAGAAAGACGACACUCAAGGUAACACAUUAUCCGAAAUGUUAAUUGCAAAGAAAAGAAUUUCACUGACGUUGAAGAUGCCAUCUGAGCGUAAAAAGAAACGAAUACGUGUUGUAGAGGAUUGCUGCUUGGUAGAUGCACUAAAAUGGAAAUUUAUAUCAGAAAGGAUGCUACAAGAUGUUGACAAUCAUAUCAAAAAUAUGUAUUAUAAUCCAAGUCUUCACUUUGAUGAACAGAAAAUGCUUAUUUUGAGGAUUGAACACCCUAAUGAAGUAGAAGCAGUGCUAUUCACACGACAUCUCAUUUGGGAUAUUCUUAUUAAAUUCUCCAACACGCUUAUAUAUGUUUGUGUUGAUGACACUGAUAUGAAGCUAGACUCGUUCCAAUAUUCGGUUCAAGUGUAUGACAAUGGAAAACUUUUUAUUGUUUGUGAUCGCAGAAAUGCUUGCCAUUUAACAGACAUUUUAGGCAAACGGUCUGUUACAGUGCUGUUUCAUGUUCCAAUGGCGCUUCGAAAAUAUUAUGUUAAAUGUAUCGACGUAUUGCCAUGUGAGGGUUCUGAUCAAACGUGUUUGAAUUAUUUAAUUAGCGGAACAAUGGCAGACGUUCUACCUAAGAUUGCAUCUUUUGUUCCGUAUUAUGUACUGGAGUGCACUUUUAUUGAUCAAAUAAGAGAGCACAUUUGUCACUUAGAUAUCGCAGGUGAGUUAGACGGUAUUUUGAAUGAUGCCAACCUUACAUGUGUAACCGAAUUGAUAAACAACAAAGCAUACGUAUAUGGGUUUGCACAGGAAAGCGUGAUCAAAGGAUGCGAAUUGGUCCAAGCAAAUGUCAUCAUUUGCGAAAAAACUUUACCACCAAUGUUUGGUAAUUCUGAAUGUGCGAAAGUUUUGUCAGAACACAAAUCGAAAGCUGGAGGCAAAUAUGUAUUGUAUAUGAGAAAAAACAACAUUGUUGCAAUCGGGUUGGCGAAAGCAAUCGAGAAUGGUUUCAAUUGUGAAACUGACAGGCUCGCUAAAGAAAGCGGAACCGCAUGUGGUAACACUAGCCAAUCACAUUCAUCGGAGCCCUUAGAAGGUGCCUCGGACACUCAUGUGAAGGAAGAAUAUACAACAGACAAAGGUAGCUUAGGUGGAAUUGGUGACGACACAGUGAAAUUAAGUUCGAGUUCAACACAAAAACGCUUGAGUGCAAAACAGAAGUCGGAUAACAUACGCAUGUGGGAAAUCGAAUCAAAGAGAUUAAUUUUGAAUAUGAAUAGAGUUGACAAAAUUGACACUGCUUAUGUUCUUACACGACCACAAACAUCCGAACGAGAUGACAUUGAGUAUACACCGAUGGAAGAUGGACGUUAUUGUAUGAUUUCAAUACCUGAUGCAAAAAGUAGUAGCAUGAAAAUUCUUCUGGACCGGUACAGAAAUCUUUUUGCUGUAUGCAAGAAAUACAAGAUGGACAAGAUAGCAUUAUCGCUAGAAGAAAUUAAUGGCUGGCCCUUUUCGAAGUUCAGCAAGGUCGUCAUUAAAGCCGCACUUGAUACUUUAGAGCAGGGCAGCAUCGACUCGACACCACGGGAAAUAAUACUCUGUGAGGACAGUAAAAGAAAUUUUGAAUCAGCUAUUAAAAUCAUUGAUAAAAUGAUUAAAGACAAAGGAUGUCAAACGCAUAUUGUCGUGGUAGCUGAUCACAUUGAAAGAACUGAGGCCGACGUAAUUGUCAACUCUACAUCAAGGCAACUAGACUUAAAGAAAGGGAAAGUAUCAAAAGCACUUCUCGAUGCUGCUGGGCCUCAAAUACAAAAGGAGUGCCGCGCUAGAUAUCCUAAUGGACUAGGCUUUGAUACAAUUGCUGUCACAAAAGGAUACGAACUUAAAUGUCAACAUGUGCUUCACAUUGCGUUAGACGUCUUCAACAAUGAAACAAGCCGGGAUUGCCUUGAGAGUAUAAAGAACAUAAUUCUGAGAUGUUUACAUUGGGCAAACGAUCAACAAAUGACGUCAAUUGCAUUCCCUGCAUUAGGGACAGGAAAACUGAAGUAUCCACCUUAUUUUGUCUGCAAUGCAAUGUUUGACAGCGUGAAAGCGUUCAGGACAAUUGUUACCGAAAGUAUGAAAGAUUCAACACUCCUUACCGUAAAAUUGAUCGUUCACCCUGAUGAUCACGAUAUUCUGGAGCUUUACACAGCCUUUGCAGAAAAACAUGUACAGAAAACGAUUCAGAAAUCAGAAGAAAUAAAGCCUGAUAUGCAAGGGACAUUAAACGCUUGCCAACUCGUAGUGAUUGAUAUUCCUGAGCACACAUUUGCAGCCUCGAAAUAUUUUUUUUGCAAAACAUGGAGCGAAAUUGAGGCGACGGGUGUUCAAUGCUCGCAUGACCAUGAUGGGAAACUGUCGUUGACUGGUACAGAAAAAGCGUUAGUAAGCGCUGAAGAAAAGGUACGAGGCAUUAUUUCAAAGCUGCAAUCGAUGACAUAUCGGCGUUUCAGUGGUAAAUUAUCAUCGCCAGAUACGCGCCAGAUUUCAAACUUGAAUGGAGUGCUCUGUUAUGAACAUAAAUUUACAAAAGUUAAAGAUGUUUAUACUGAAAACAGUGAAAUUAUGAAAAGGAUUGAGUCCUUAAUGAAUGAUCCUAUCGAGAGCUCUCAAAGAAGAUUAAUGGAGAACAAUUGCGAUAAGAACGCAGAUAAUGAAGAAAAACAGGAAAGUAAACAGAUAAUAAUACAGUCUCCCGAAGAAGAAGUGAAGUGUCAAAAUAAUAGCAUGGUUGCCGCCACUCAAAGACCAGCGAAUGAAUUGGCAAAAGAUGUUGCUAUGUUAGAUACACAAACUGGUGAGAUGCAUUUGAAAGACAACUCGUGUAUUCAUGUAAACAUUAACAAUGAUCUGGAUAACGAUAGUGUUGCAAAUACCGUCAGCAUAACGCCACAGUAUAUAAAUACCGUCAGAGUAACGACACAGUAUACUAGACAGACGUCUACGUCUUCAAAUAGUUCAGUAAAGGAUCAAGUCGAACUAGCAGACAAAGUGUCAACAGAGGGUGAUAUGAAGCUUUCACGUGGUAGAUCAGGAAUCACUAUUCAAGGUCGUUUUAAAAUCAAUGGUAUCAGUGUUGUUAUUUGUCAUGGAGAUAUAUUGGAAGUCAAAGUUGAUUGCAUUGUGAAUGCUGCCAAUAAGGAUUUACAACACAAUGGGGGUAUUGCUGGAUCCAUAGCGGCUGCUGCGGGCAAUGCAAUCUGGGACGAAUCGGAAAUCAUAAUUAGGGAACGUGGACCUCUCGCGACAGGAGAUGUUGUUAUGACGCGUGGAGGGAAUUUACCUGUCUGUAUCCUUCAUGCGGUUGGUCCAUGUUGGUAUGACUACGACAGAAGUAACGUCUUGGGGAUUAAAAAAUGUGUCGAUGAUUUGAAGAAAACUGUUUUAAAUUGUUUGGAAUACGCUGCAACAAAAGGUUACGCAAAAAUAGCUUUCCCUUCAUUAAGCUCAGGUUUGUUCAAAGUUCCAGAGGAAUUGUGUGCAGUACAGUAUGCCAAUGCCGUGCUUAGUUUCAAAAGAGGCGACCGUGUUCAUGAAAUACUCUUUGUUGACAUCAAUCUACACAUGACAAAAUUAAUCGUGUCUACAUUUGACGUUCUAAAAAGGCAAAAUAAAACGAUUGGUAUUGAUUGCAACACUUAUAUUGAAAAGCCAACGAAGUCAGAUCAACAUGAGAAGGGUGCUAAAUGUUAUGAUAACCUUCCUUCUAGCAGUUGCAUAUACGAAGGAUUACUGACCGGUUCAGUCAGCUUAAACAUACACAUUGGCGAUAUAACGCGUCUUAAUGGCGUUCAAAUGGUUGUGUGUAGCGACAAUAAGGCGGGUUCAAAUGCUGGAUCAAUAGCUAGACAGCUGUAUAAAUUAGGUGGAGAUUCAUACAGACAUUUGAAGGCUAAUGCGUUUCAUGAACGGCAAGGAAAAUUAGGGAUAGGUGAUGUGGUCAUUACUGAUGGCGGAAAACUUUCUUUCGAAAUGGUUAUGCACGUUAUUGUUCCCCAAGACCAGAUGCCUGAGAUGCAUUAUGUCUAUAGGCGUUUAUUUAAGGAGGCUUCGGUUCUCGGGGUGUCGUCAGUAGCUGUACCGUUGUUGGGAACUGCUCAAGGGAACUUUUCAGCAGAUGGAAGCAUAAGCGCAUUGCUGAUCGAACUUGAAAAGUUUAGUAUGAAAUAUCAACGGACCUUUAAAGUUCAUGUCGUGAUAGGUAAAGAAGAUAUAGGUUUGGGCAUCCGCGAUAUUGUUGAAAAGUUCGUUAAAGAUCUUUGGGAAAGCAGGUCUAAGGAUUCUGGAGAGGUUUCGGGUAAACGAGUACCGCCUGCUGAUACCCGUAAAGAUGACGUUACAGGUAGUGGUCAUGGAAGCAUCAAAAAAGGUUCAGCCGAAGCUUCUUUAAAGCCUCAAACAAAAACAUAUAAAACGAUAUUAACUGCGGUAGGUAAUGCUUUAUUAAGAAAACGACAAGAGUCUGUUGAAUCUGACGGCAGUAAUGACCACUUUGAAGACGGUCGUCGUGGAAGCAUAAAAAGGGGUACAGCCGAAGCUUCUUUAACAACAGCAGAUAACACUAUAGCCACGGUGGUAAACCCGAAAGAAAAACUAGACGACUGUGUAAUAUGUAUGGACGUGCCAAGUAGCCCGAAGACGUUGAAAUGUGGUCACACAUUUUGCAAUGAUUGCAUUAAGAGUUUAUUCAAGAUCAAACCUAGCUGUCCUAUAUGCGGCGCAGUGUGCGGGGUAAUUUGUGGCGAUCAACCAAACGGCAGUAUGAUCAUAGAAAAACAAGCGUCAAUUCUUGCGGGAUUUGAAAAACACGACACGAUUUCCAUAUGCUACAGGUUUCACGAUAGUCAGCAAGGCCCGAACCACCCAAAACCCGGCGCGUUUGUACGGGGCAUCACCCGGAUCGGUUACGUGCCUGACAACAACGAGGGGAGGCAGGUGUGCGCCAUGUUAGCAGUGGCGUUCCAGCGGCGCCUGGUGUUCACUAUCGGCAGCUCCCGGACCACGGGCGAGGAAGGCGUGAUCACAUGGAACGAUAUCCAUCACAAGACGGACCUCCGCCCUAAUACGCAAUUCGGUUACCCGGACCCCACUUACCUACAGCGUGUGAGGGAGGAGCUAGCUGCUAAGGGCGUGACAGAAGAGGACGUGAAAUCACUCGAUAAACAAACAUCUAAGUUUAUCAAGAAAGGAAAACAUGGAGCGAAAGCUAUUGUUCAUACAUGUAAUGUUGUUAUAAGAAUCAGCGAAAUCAAGGUGAGUGAAAGCAAAGGGAAACAAUUGUCAUUAAUUGCAGUAUUUAUUGAAAAGCAAAUGACAUCAGAACAGGGAGAACAGGGUGCGAAUGGUCCGAAAUCUUUGCAACGCCUUCCAUUUACAAGUUGCAUAUAUAAGGGGUUAAUGACGGGUUCAGUCAGCUUAAAAAUACACGUUGGUAAUAUAACGCGUCUUGUUGGCGUUCAAAUGAUUGUGUGUAGCGAAAACACAAUGGGUUCAAACGCUGGAACAAUAGCUAGACAAUUAUUUGACCUAGGUGGAGAUUCUUACAGAAGUUUGAAGACACAGGCGUUUUAUGAAUGUAAAGGAACUUUAAGGAUAGGUGAUGUGGUCACUACGGGCGGUGGAGAGCUUUGUUACGAAUUGGUUAUGCACAUGAUUAUUCCCCAAUACCAGAUCCUUGCAUUGCGUGAAGUAUAUAUGCGUAUUUUUAAGAAAACUUCACGUCUCGGUGUGUCAUCAGUAGCGGUACCGUUGUUGAGAACUGCUCGCGGAAAGUUUGCACCGAAAAGAAGCAUAAGCGCAUUGCUGGUAGAACUUGAAAAGUUUAGUACAAAAUAUCAACGAUACCUUGAAGUUCAUGUUGUGAUAGGUAAAGAAAAUACAGCUUCUGACGUCCACGAUUUUGUUGACCAGUAUGUUAAGGAUCUUUGGAAAAGCAAGUAUAAGGAUAUUCUAGAGAUAUCGGAAAGACAAAGAGCGCCUGCUGAAUGUGACAGAAGUAAAGACGAUUAUCGGGAAAGCGAAGAGCGCCGUUUGAAUGUGAUUACCUUAAAGACGAAGUAUCGGGAAGACGACACACGCCUGCUGGAUGUGAUAACAGUAAAGACGCGGUAUCAAAAAAAACAAUAUGAGUACAAUUCAGACCAUGUAUCGGAAAUACGACGAGCGUCUGAUAGAGGUGAUAACAGCAAAGACGAUGUAUUGGGAAGACGACAAACGACGGCUGAAUGUGAUAACAGUAAACUCGAGGUAUCGGGAAGACGACGAACGACUGCUGAAUGUGAUAACAGCAAAGACGAUGUAUCGGGAAGACGACGAACGACUGCUGAAUGUGAUAACAGUAAAGACGAGGUAUCGGGAAGACGACGAACGACUGCUGAAUGUGAUAACAGUAAAGACGAGGUAUCGGGAAGACGACGAACGACUGCUGAAUGUGAUAACAGUAAAGACGAUGUAUCGGGAAGACGACGAACGACUGCUGAAUGUGAUAACAGAAAAGACGAGGUAUCGGGAAGACGACGAACGACUGCUGAAUGUGAUAACAGUAAAGACGAGGUAUCGGGAAGACGACGAACGACUGCUGAAUGUGAUUACAGUAAAGACGAGGUAUCGGGAAGACGACGAACGACUGCUGAAUGUGAUAACAGUAAAGACGAGGUAUCGGGAAGACGACGAACGACUGCUGAAUGUGAUUACAUUAAAGACGCGGUGUCGGGAAGACGACGAGCGCCUGCUGAAUGUGAUAACAGUAAAGAUGACUUAACUGGUAGUUGUCAUGAAAGCAUCAAAAAGGGUUCAGCCGAAGGUUCUUUAAGGCCCAAAACAAAAACCUAUAAAACGCUAUUAAGUCCUGUUGGUAACGCUUUAUCAGGAAAACGACAAGAGUCUGCGGAAUGUGACGCCAGUAAAGAUGGCAGCAUAAAAAUUCCUACAGCCGCUGCGUCUUUAACAACAACAGAUACACUCAUGCCCACGGUGGUCAAAACGGAAGACAAGCCCGACGACUGUGUCAUAUGUAUGGAUGUUCCAAGAAGACCAAAGACGUUAAAAUGCGGACACACAUUUUGCAACGAAUGCGUUGUGAGCUUAUUCAAGAUAAAACCUUGCUGUCCUAUAUGCGGUAAAGUUUGUGGGAUGAUUUGCGGUGAUCAACCCAACGGCUCCAUGAUUAUAGAAAAGCAUUCGUCCAGGCUUUCUGGUUUUGAAAAGCACGACACGAUAUCCAUGUGUUACAGGUUUCCAGAUAGUCAACAAGGCGCAAACCACCCUAAACCCGGCGCGUUUGUACGGAAUAUCACACGGAUCGGUUACGUGCCUGACAACAACGAGGGGAGGCAGGUGUGCGCCAUGUUAGCCGUGGCGUUCCAGCGGCGCCUGGUGUUCACAAUCGGCAGCUCCCGGACCACGGGCGAGGAAGGCGUGAUCACGUGGAACGAUAUCCAUCACAAGACUGACCUCCGCCCAAAUACGCAAUUCGGUUACCCGGACCCCACUUACCUACAGCGUGUGAGGGAGGAGCUAGCUGCUAAGGGCGUGACAGAAGAGGAUGUGAAAUCACUCGAUAAGCAAAUAGCAAAGUUUAUCAAGAAAGGAAAACAUGGAGCGAAAGCUAUUGUUCAUACACAUACGUAAUGCUUGAAAAAUAGAGCAAGUUUGUAUAUAUCAUGACUGGCACGUAACUGGUGUCAAACUGUGUUUUCGUAUUUGUGAAGUCAUGAAUUAUAUUUCCCGUAUAUUGUAUUUGUGUUAUUAUUAAAUAUACCAUAUGUAUAAGGGUGGUUUUCAUAGACAAAGAAUGAAAUAUACUAUUGGUCAUUUGGGAUCAAAGCUUCAGAUAAACCUUACUAUAGUAGUGGGGGACAUAUUGUUUUUGCCCUGUCUGUUGGUUGGUUGGUUGGUCUGUUGGUUGGUUGGUCUGUUUGCGCCAACUUUAACAUUUUGCAAUAACUUUUGCUAUAUUGAAUAUAGCAACUUGAUAUUUGGCAUGCAUGUGUAUCUCAUGGAGCUGCACAUUUUUAGAGGUGAAAGGUCAAGGUCAUCCUUCAAGGUCAGAGGUCAAAUAUAUUUGGCCAAAAUCGCUCAUUUUAUGAAUACUUUUGCAAUAUUGAAGAUAGCAACUUGAUAUUUGGCAUGCAUGUGUAUCUCAUGGAGCUGCACAUUUUGAGUGGUGAAAGGUCAAGGUCAUCCUUCAAGGUGAGAGGUCAAAUAUAUGUGGCCCAAAUCGCUUAUUUUAUGAAUACUUUUGCAAUAUUGAAGAUAGCAGCUUGAUAUUUGGCAUGCAUGUGUAUCUCAUGGACCUGCACGGUCAAGGUCAAGGUCAUCCUUCAAGGUCAGAGGUCAAAUAUAUGUGGCCCAAAUCGGUUAUUUUAUGAAUACUUUUGCAAUAUUGAAGAUAGCAACUUGAUAUUUGGUAUGCAUGUGUAUCUCCUGGAGCUGCACAUUUUGAGUGGUGAAAGGUCAAUGUCAAGGUCAUCCUUCAAGGUCAAAUAAUUUUUUUUAUAAUUUGUAAUUGUUUGUUGUUAUUGUAAAAAUUCAUAUUCCAAACGCGGUAUUUUAAAACUUUGCCAAACAUAUCAUAGCUUCAAAAUGUAUGGAAAUUAAAACCAUCUGCGUUCGACAUGUCAGAAAGUCACAAAGAUAUGUUCAUUUUGUUUACAUGCUUUUAAUACGCUGUAGUCUGAACUGCAUUUAAUCAUAAACAUGACGACAUAAUGACUCUUCAGUCUGAGCGUUAUUUCUGCGUGCGUGACUUAUUAAAAAUACUUCGUUUGAUAGUGUGAACGCAUUUAUGAAUACAUACUCAAUUUAAAAUUUAAUCAUGAAAUUGUUUUGCACAAGGUUGUAAAUGGAAUCAGCGUAAUCAAGGUCAGUGAAAGUUUUUACAAAUUUUAGGGAACAUCUGUUCGUAAGCAUGUGGUAAUACUCUUUUUUGUAUCAAUAUUGGCAUUUUAAUGAUAUUAACUUGUUGUUAACUAUUUAGUUUUCCUGAUUUUAAUCCACGCAUAAAUGUUAUACUUUGUUAUACAAUUUGGCGAUAACUAAACAUUGUUUUUCUGAGGCAGGAUUAACAUAGUUAGAAUGUUAAAAAUUGUGUUAAUUGUAAACGAAAUGGGGUUUUUAUUUGCAAAAAAAGAUUGUUCUCUCGUUGAUGAGUUUAUAAAUGAAGCAUUUAAAAUAGCAUAUAAUAUGUAGUACUUGUGUUAUUUGCUGGAAAUAUGUAUAAUUGGUUCUUUAGUAAGAUUACAUAGUAACUUGUAUAACUUCUACUCAUAUUAUAUAUAUCAUAAUCUUAUGUUCCUUGUAUAUUGUAUCAUUUCAAAAUGUAUGUCAGUUUAAAUAAUUUUAACUGUUUACUGAGUUUGGAUUGAACAGUUACAAGUAGUUCUUAAUCUCUAAAAUGGAUUGUGAUUUGAUAGUUUUACCGGUCUGUUAACAACUACUAUCUCUAAAUUGUAUUGUGAUUGGAUAUUUUGUAGUUGAACAACUUUUAACUUUAACUUCAAUUCAUUGUUUUGUGAUUUGGAUAGAUUCGCGUUGAACUACGAUUAACUCUUAAUUGUAUUGUAAUUCAAUUUGUAUAAAUUAUUUUUGAAGUAAUAUCAACUCUUAAUUAUGGUGUGCUUGAAUUAUAUAGUUUUGAACUAAUACUUACUCUAAAUAGUAUUUUGAUUGCAAAGUGUUGUGUUGAACAACUGUUAAAACUCAAUCGUGUUGUGAUUUGAUACAUUCUCAUUGAACUACUAUUAAUUCUAAAUUUUAUUGUGAUUGUAUAAUUUCUUUUUUAAGUGCUAUUAAUCUAAAUUUGUAUUGUGAUUGUAUAAUUUCGUUUUAAACAAAAAUUAACUUUUAACCCUUAAUUUUAAUGUUAUUGUAUAAUUUCUUUUUUAACGACUAUUAACUAUAAGUUGUGUUGUGAUUGUAUAUUUUCUUUUGAACUUCUAUUAACUCUAAACUGUAUUGUUUAGUAUAAUUUCGUUUUAAAUCACUAUAAACUCGAAUUUUAAUUGUGAUUUGAUAAUUUUAUUGUGAUAAUAUAGUUAUGUGUUGAUCUACUAUUAACUCUCUCUAAAUUGCAUUGUCAUUGGAUAGCUUCAUGUAUACUGUUUCUUUUAUUUAUUGACAAAUGCAUUUAAUUGAACUGUUAUGCUUGAAACUCUUGUAAAUGUAUGCUUUUGCUUAGAUUGAAAGUUUAUGGAUCAGACAUUUUUAACUGUAUAAUUUAAUGUGAUUAAGCAGUUAUGAUUUAAACACAUGUACUUAAUCUUUGUGAUGAACGUGAUGGUAUACUAGCGAGUACAGAGUAUGGAUUUCUUGCCAUGUGAUCAGUCCCGUUUGAAUUUUAUGCAAUCCGUUAUUGUGGCGGUGAUAAUAUUCAACGUAAAAUGUCAGUCGACUUUUGUCAGCAUGUUGUUCCAAAUAAAUUAUUUGAAACCACAUGGUACAUUUCGGCCAAACUUGGCAUGAAACCAAUUUCUGGAUUUCAAAUAGUUUUUCGCACAACAUGAUACUGAAUUGACCUUUUAAAAUUUAUACAAAAUUAUAUGAUUCUUAAACAUUCACACCAGUGCGCGUGUGCUGUUUCUGUGAAUGUCUUUAUUUAAAAAAUUGAGUAGAUAGCAAUUAUCGGAUUUCAAAAUGAUUUCACAGAAAUGGUCCUUGGAUGACUUCUGCAUUAAACAAUAUAAAAAUAAUUUGUUUUGAGCAGUUGUGUGCCUUUUUUUAUUUUUAUUUCUUACAGAAUGUAUAACAAUAAAAAUGCGAUAUUCUAUGUUGCCUGUCAUAUAGUACCAUCUAAGCGCGGAAUUAAGUGUAAAAUAAUUGGUAAUAUUUGUAAAUGUUCACGAUGCGGACCUUUAGUUCUUAUGAACAAAUCUCAUAAUGAAAACCGCUUAUUUUGAAUAUUCAGAAUAAGUUGUUUGUUUUUUAUAAAAGAAAUUUCACUGCAUGCAAUACAGACAUAUCCUUAAAUUUAACCGAAAAUAAAACUACUUUAAUAAUUAUGUAAAUCUGCUGUAUCGAUAAUUUAUCAAAAAACUAUGCUAUCGUAACUAUUAAGUUAAUAAUUUGCUGCGAUAAUAGUUAUAGUUACAAUCAUAACUUAAUUCUUAAAGUAUUAUACUAAUAGUGUUAUUAUGCCUAUAAUUAUUAUUGUUAAUUGUUUAACAUUACGUAUUUCUAGAAUAAACAUCAUCAACCAAAUA